AUGACGCAAAGUGAAAACAAUAGAGCAAACCUACCCCCAGAGCUUGAGAGCGAGAGCCCUCCCGCAUCCUAUUACGAGCAAUUCUAUCAGACAAUAAGUGAUACAGCUUCAGCAGUUUCCAGCUACGCGUCAAGUCGAAUUCCGAGCCCAGAGAUUCCAAAAGUUGCUCUCCCUGAAAUCCCUUCUUUAUCAAACAUCUCCGAAAUGUGUUUUGGAAGUGGUGAAAACAACGAGUCCGGAAACGCGCUGGAACGCGUUCAAGGACGAAUGGAAAAGGUCAAAGUCGCUGCGAACCCAAAACAGAGCUUCGAGAUGGGCCAUGUCGAGGCGGGAAGGAAGGGCGAAGAAAUGGUGUUGAGGGAAUUGCAGAAGCUGGGCAAAGUCAGACAAGCAGUGCGAAUUCCUGGAACAGAAGGGAGGUUCGAAAUUGAUCUGGUUCUCGAGCAGAGGAAUAAAAUAACGCUGUUCGAAGUGAAGAACUGGACGGGAACUCUUGAAUUGACGCCGACUGGAGAAUGGAAGCAGAUCAGAAACAAAAACUCGACGCCGCCAGAAUUAAUCCACGCAAACGUCCUCGAAAAAACGCGUCAUAAAAUGUGCCUCUUUCGCGAAAAACUCUCUAUUCCCAAAGACAAGAUCUCCUGUUUCGUCAUUUUUCCCAAAGAGAACCUGAAGAUCACCUACGCCAUCGGAAUCCAGCCAGAAGUUCUCUCGGCAAAAGAGUUUAUGAACUGGGUUCAUCGUCAAACGCCAUCUCCGAUGAGGGUGUUUUCGGAGUUGGUCUUGCCAAAGUCUUGGACUGGCUUUGAUGAAAAAACAACCGCUCGAAUAAAAGAAUCAAUCGGAGAAUGCGGAACCUGGGAUGAGAUUCAUCUCGAAGGCGGUCGAGUUCUUACUGGCGAUUUUAAGGCGGGUCCUGGCAAGCUUUCCAAGCUCAAACGAAGCGAAACUGCUUCUGCAUCCUUCAAUCAUACACGAAACCAGCUCAUCGGCGGAAUCAAAGCCAUUUUUGGAAAAGAACCGAAAGUCGAAAUCAGCUUUUUUCCUCGAAACUCCGAAGGGUUUUUUGAUUCAAUAGUUCCACAGCCACAUGAUACGUUCGAAUGCGCAAUCGAUUCCGUCGUCUUCUUUCGAAAAGCCGGCGAUCGAAUAGAUUCAAGAAUCCGGAACAUUGAAAACUUGGAAAAAAGCUGCAAAAAGUCGGCAAAAAUCGCGACAGAGAGCAUCUCUAAAGUCGAAUCGCUGAAACGAGAAAACAGUCAGCUUGAUAAGACAGUAGAUAAUCUGACAAACGAAAAUGUUGAUCUCUCCUCAAGGCUGGAAAAGGCCGUAGAAGAAAAGAACGAUCUGCAGAAAAAGCUUGAAACAGAGCAAAUCCGAGCCGGUCGGCUGGCUGAAUCUAUUUCUUUUGUAAAGAGUGAAAGCGAAAAAGACAUGCGAAGCUGCCAAAAAGAAAUCAACCAGCUCCGUUCAGAUUCAACUGCAAUCAAGGAAGAAAACAAGUCGCUAAAGCAAAACUUAGCGCUCCAAAACAACGUCGGUAGAAACCUUGAAGUCGCGAAACACCAAAUUGAGGCAUUGAAGAAAGAAGUCGCUAAAUACAAAAUGAUGGCAGAGAGCUACAAAGCAGAAUUGGAACACACAAUAACAAAGCUUCAACAAGAUAAGAAAGUUGACGCGCAAAAUCAGCUUGGACAGAUUUUGUUGGAAAGGAUCGAAAUCAUGCUCAAAUCGAAGGAACUCAAAUCGCCAGAGAAAGAGGCAGAAUGCAAAAAAUUGAAGAAACGCCAAAAAAUCCUCAAGAAAUACCUUCAAACUCCAACUCCAUCUGCUGGUCAAAGUUCUAGUCCUCGAAAUGAACAAUCCUUCUCAGAUGAGGAUGAUCUAUCUGAUGAUUCUUCGACAAUGUCUCAAGUCGCAGCUGCACUUCAAAAGCUCGAGCAGAAUUUACUGUAG